AUGCGCUUCACCACCCUCGUCCCUCUCUUCCUCGCGGUGCCGGCCACCGUCUUCGCUUGCGAAGGAGACUGCAUUGUCGCUAUCACGAAUGCAUUCCUUGGCAACUACUCUAGACCUAUGCAGAGUGUGAUGGGCAGCAUGGCUGCACAAAUAAGCAACAUCAUCCCCAGUCACCCGGACGAGCAGACCGCCAUGACCUACCUCCAACCCAUCAUCUCCGCCUAUCAGAAGGAAGCGUACCAGGGAAUGGAGACUGCCAUCUUCCCCAACUUCUUCCACGGCAAAUGCCUUAAUGACCAAGGCAUUGAACCAGACGGCUGUCCUAACCCCGACUGCUCCAUCGUCUGCGGCACGCCGGGCUCUAUGGUCCACUACUACUCCAAGCUCAGGUUCAUCGCGUUCAACGAGACCUACCAUCAUCUCCAGCGACUCUGUACCCCGGGAACCGACGCGUACAAACGCGCCGAGCAAGCCGUCGUGGCCGCCGCAGGUCACGAUGAGCGCCGCAGGAGCUCCAGUAGGAUCUAUUCUCGGGCCCUCUCGAAUGCUGUGCUGGUUCCUGUCUUCCUGAAGCGCGCGGACGACGUCAAAUCCGAGUUCAAGAGCAUCAUGCAACAAGCACACGGGCUGCUUUCGGCGGCUUGCGGGGGCGAUGGGGUACAGGAGACGAACGGUCUGCCUGAGUGCAGUUGGGAAGAGGCCAUGAAGGAAUACAUCCUGUCGUUCCCUUGA